CUCCACGUCCAUAUGUCAGGAACGCCUGACGAUUUCUACGUUUUAUGAGCGUUUUAUCCGAUCUCGUUACAGUCAGUAACUACUUCUGAUUUAAGAGCAGAUCUGACUCAUUAUGGGGAAAGAAAAAGGUGGUUUCUUAACACCCAAGGCUAUCAGUAAUCGGAUCAAGGCCAAAGGCUUACAGAAAUUACGUUGGUUUUGUCAGAUGUGUCAAAAACAGUGUCGAGAUGAGAAUGGUUUUAAYUGCCAUACGUCCUCAGAGUCUCACCAAAGACAGCUGCUACUCUUUGCUGACAAUCCACAUAAAUUCAUUGAUUCGUUUUCAAGGGAAUUUCAAGAUGAUUUUCUCAAGCUAUUGAAAAGAAGAUGUGGGACUAAGAGAGUGAGUGCUAAUCAGAUAUAUCAAGAAUACAUCAGUGACAGAUUGCAUACUCACAUGAAUGCUACGCAGUGGGAAACAUUAACACAAUUUGUCAAYUGGCUGGGAAGAGAAGGAUUAUGUACAGUGGACCAUACAGAAAAGGGUUGGUUUAUUACAUAUAUUGACAGAGAUCCAGAGGCUCUUGAAAGGCAGAAAGCUCUUGAUGCUAAAGAGAAGGCUGAUCUUGAUGAUGCAGACAAACAAGCUAAAUUACUCCAAAAACAAAUCGACAGAGAAUUAGCAAGAAAGAAGGAUGAGCCCGAGGUACAAUUCACAGAACUACAAAGAGAAAGUGAAGAAGAGAAAGUUAUUUUUAGCCUUAAUACUGGCAAUAAACAAACAACUGGUGAUGCUGGUCAAAGUGGUUUGGCAACAAGCCAGCAAGGAACAGAAAAGCCAAAGACACAAAAUCCACUGGAAAGUUUAGCUUCAUCUAGUCAAAAGAAUAAAGAUAAACCAUCAAGUAAAGAUUCAAAAGAUAAAGAAAGUCGGAAGCGAAAAUCAGCUAUGGAGGAAAUCAUGGAGUUGGAGAAAAUCAAGAAAGAGAAGAUGAGUAAAAAAGACUAUUGGCUCUGCAAGGAUAUCAUUGUCAAAGUUGUAUACAAAAAACUUGGYGAAAAGUAUUACAAAAAGAAGGGCGUUGUCAAGAGUGUUGAGAACCGUUAUGUUGGCAUUGUUAAGAUGCUAGACAGUGGAGAUACAAUCAAAAUAGAUCAAGAACACUUGGAAACUGUAAUACCAGCCGUUGGCAAAAGUGUACUUGUUGUUAAUGGACAGUACAGAGGAAUGACUGCAAGAAUGGUGGRACUGGAUGAGAAAUCAUUUUCCGUGACUAUUGAGCUAAAAGAGGUAUAUAAGAAGCUAAAUUAUGCCAUUAUUGCAAAUUUACAUAACAUUCAAAUGUUUUGUUUUUUACGUUUGUCUAGGGCCCAGAAAGAGGAAGAGUUGUAAAUAAGAUUCCUUAUGAAGACAUCUGUAAACUUGAUGUGCAAGGCUGAGAACAAAUUUUGAAAAUACAUGUACAUAUCAAAUUGUAAAAUAAAUGGUUAGAGUAAAGCA